CUCCUUUGGCUUUUAAAUUACACUCACUUCUUAGCUACCUUUCUCUCAUCAUCACAAUACUUACUUCCUUCUAUCAACACACACAUAUCAUGUCUACUCACUUCUCCACCCACUACCACCUUCCCUCUUUCUCUUCUUCUAACUAUUUUUCUUUUCUUUCUUCAUCUUCCUCUUCUUCUCUCUUCUCCAAAUCCUCUCUUGGUGUUGUGUCGUUUGUGGCUAAAGACAAACAAGAGAAAAGAUGCAGAGCUAUAUCCAAAUCACGAACUCAAGAAGUAUUUCAAACAAGUGUUGCAACUUUAAAGUUGAGUGAGAUCAAUGUGGAGAAUGACAUAGUCAUAGAAGUUGGGGAAGAACAAGAUAUUGAAGUGGAUUUAGUGACGGAUGAGAUCAAGAAACGAGUAAACACAAUCAAAUCAAUAUUAUGUUCAUUGGAAGAUGGAGAAAUAACUAUAUCUGCUUAUGAUACUGCUUGGGUUGCUCUUGUUGAAGAUAUUCAUGCUAUUGGCACCCCUCAAUUUCCUUCUAGUCUAGAGUGGAUUGCGAAAAAUCAACUUUCAGACGGUUCGUGGGGCGAUAAUCGAUUGUUUUCCGCUCAUGAUCGAAUCAUUAACACAUUGGCUUGUGUUAUCGCAUUAAGAUCUUGGAAUAUGUACCCCGAAAUGUGCGACAAAGGAAUGAUUUUUUUUAAAGAGAACCUUAACAAGCUUGAGAAUGAGGAUGAGGAGCACAUGCCAAUUGGAUUUGAAAUUGCUUUCCCUUCGCUUCUUGAUCGAGCUCGUGGUUUGAACAUUGAUGUGCCAAAUGAUUCUUUUAUAUUGAAAAACAUUUUUCAAAAGAGAGAUGAAAAACUCACAAGAAUACCAAGAGAGAUAAUGCAUAAAGUGCCCACAACUUUGCUUCAUAGUUUGGAAGGAAUGUCAAGCUUGGAUUGGAAACAACUUCUAAAACUACAAUCUCAAGAUGGAUCAUUCUUGUUUUCUCCAUCUUCCACAGCUUUUGCACUAAUGCAAACUAAAGAUGAAAAUUGCCUCAAAUAUUUGAAUAGUGUUGUUACAAAGUUCAAUGGGGGAGUUCCAAAUGUGUAUCCAGUGGAUUUGUUUGAACAUAUUUGGGUGGUUGAUCGAAUCGAACGUCUUGGAAUAUCACGAUAUUUUCAACAAGAGAUCAAAGAUUGUAUGAAUUAUGUUCAAAGAUAUUGGACUGAAAAGGGAAUUUGUUGGGCAAGAAAUUCAAAUGUUCAAGAUAUUGAUGACACAUCAAUGGCUUUUAGAUUGCUAAGAUUACAUGGUCACCAAGUUUCAGCUAAUGUGUUUAAGCACUUUGAGAGAAAUGGUGAAUUCUUCUGCUUUGCUGGUCAAUGCACACAAGCUGUGACAGGAAUGUAUAAUCUAUUUAGAGCCACUCAAGUGCUUUUUCCAGGGGAGAAAAUUCUUGAACAUGCAAAGCACUUUUCUUCAAAGUUUUUGAGAGAGAAAAGAGAAGCAAAUGAGCUAAUAGAUAAAUGGAUUAUCAUGAAAAACCUUCCUGAAGAGGUGGCUUAUGCAUUGGACGUGCCAUGGUAUGCAAACUUGAGUCGAGUGGAGACAAGAUUUUAUAUUGAUCAAUAUGGUGGUGAAAGUGACGUAUGGAUAGGGAAAACUCUUUAUAGGAUGGCAUAUGUGAAUAACAACAAUUAUCUUGAGCUUGCUAAAUUAGACUACAACAAUUGCCAAGCACUGCAUCUAAAAGAGUGGGGCAUGAUUCAGAAGUGGUACUUGGAAUCUAGAUUGGGAGAAUAUAGAUUGAGCAAAAGGGGUCUUCUAUUGGCCUAUUUUUUGGCAGCAGCAAACAUAUUUGAACCUGAAAAGUCUCAUCAAAGACUUGCAUGGGCAAAAACCAAAGUCUUGCUUGAGACAAUUAAAUCUUAUAUUAGUGAUGCUAAUUUGAGAAAUGAUUUUGUGAAAUCUUUUAGUGAUUGCAUCAACCGGCGAGAUUAUUCCAUUGGCCGAAGGGUGAUAAAGAACAAAACAGGACAUGAACUUGCUGAGACAUUAGUUACAACCAUAGAUCAAAUAUCAUGGGAUAUACUUGUGUCUUAUGGUCAUGAAAUUGGAUAUGAUAUGCAUCAUUGUUGGAAAAAGUGGCUUUCAAGUUGGCAAAUUGAAGGAGACAAUUGUGAAGGAGAAGCAGAGCUUUUGGUACAAAUAAUAAACCUAAGUGCUGGCCAUUGGAUUUCUGAGGAGCAAAUAUUCAAUCCACAAUACAAGCAUCUUCUUCAACUCACUAACUCUAUUUGCCAUAAGCUUCGUUGCUAUCAAAAGGACAAGGAACUUAACAGCAGCAGCUGCGAAAACAUUAUUACCCCAGAAGCAGAGUCGAAAAUGCAAGAACUCGUACAAUUGGUGUUUCAAAAAUCUCCAAAUAGCAUUGAUUUUAAUAUCAAGAAUACAUUCUUUAUUGUUGCAAAAAGUUUUUACUAUGAAGCUUUCUGUGAUUCAAGGACCAUCAACUUUCAUAUUGCCAAAGUUCUCUUUGAUAAAGUUGUUUAAUGUCUUUGAAUAGGUAUUAGAUUUGUCCAUCAUUGUACAUAAUUUUCCUAUGAUAUGAUAUUAAAAAAAUAGGAAUAUAUAAAUAUAUAUUAGCUAUUGUGUUUCGAUGUAUAUAUAAUCGUAUUUUGUAAAUGAGGUAUUAGUUUAAUUU